CGGGUACCGGACAGCAUGGGCCAGUCGGGCUGAGGGAUUACCAGCUCCGCAGCCCCGCUCUGUCUUUAUCCAGACACGCCCUGGAGACAGCACAAGUGGAUUAUUAUUGCAGAGGGGCAACUUUCUACCUCCUGUAGCGCUGCCACUGUCUGCCCACCAUGGCAUCUGUCAGGUGGGCACUGUGCAUCUUCUGCCUGGCUCAGGUUGCUGCUGGUCUGUAUUUUCCAAGAAAAGAAUACUUUGAAGAUGUAUAUCCAAACCAGCCCGCUGGAUCAUUUAUCUUACAAGUCCAUACAAUGAUCGAUGUCCUAGGAGAGGUGCCACGCUACAGACUAUGUCAGAACCUUCUGAAUGAAAAAUAUAUACGCUUUUUCCACAUGGAUCAGCAUACGGGAAUUCUCUCUUUGAGCCAGACAAUGACAAAGAAGUACUUCUCUGAAUUCAGUAAGUCUGGGAUACAUAGUUACAUACUGAAGGUUUCCACCGCUGCUUCUCAAGAGAACUGUGCAAAAGCUCCCUCCUCUUUUAUAAACCUUUCAUUUAAGAACAUCAUGAUCCCUAGCUGUUCCUCUGUACAGUUAAAAGACUUGUGCUUCAGUGACCCGGAUCUCUCCUUCCACAUAAAAGAGGAAAGACCUUCCAGCAAAUUUUAUCAAUUCCGUCCUCGCUUUCCAUUACAGAAAUGUCAUAAUAUUAGUAUCUCCUAUACAUUAAUAUUGGACAAAGACUCACCUUUUCAAUACAACCCAAACUCAUCUGAAGUGUGCCUUCAACACUCGCUUGAUCGUGAAAAGAGGGAAAAUUAUGAUUUGGUAGCAAAAUGUGUAGUGAGAGAUAGCACCGAAGAGGUGGAAGUAGAAAAGUCUUUCCAGAUUAAGGUGGAUGAUAUUGAUGACAACCCUCCACAAGUGUUCAAUGACACUAAUUCUGUUAAUGUGGUGGUGGAAUAUGAGAGAAAGGAGGGAACAGCACUUGGCUCACUGCUUGUUCUGGACCGUGACUCCACUCCCGUCUAUCCUGCAGGCAGCAGUCAUAACAAGUACAGUGAGACCAUCAUUAACAAUGAAUCGUUUGUACAGGAAAUGUUCCAGGUGAAGCGUGAGCUGAGCGAGUAUAAAUUCUUCUCAGAUGGCCAUGUGGUCCGAGGAACACUUCAGGAAUUUAAGCUGCUACUGAAACAAGGAAUACCCAUAACCAAAAAUAUGUCCAUACAAGUCAUUGUUCUGGUGAAUGAUACAGAAUACCAUAAUCCUGGAGGAAGCGUACUGUUAUAUUUUAAUGUCACCAUCCUGCCUGUAGAAAUUCGCUUUCCUGAUAGCACUUAUCAGUUUACCCUGAACCGAAAUGCUGACUGCUUUGCCCAGGUAGGAAAAGUGUGCAUUGAAAACUGUGCUCUAUUGAAAGGAGUCAAUGUGUCUUACACAUUACAGACACCAAAUGGCACACGCGCCAUUAGUAUCCAGAAGGAAGUAGAAGUCAUGUCUGCCACUCUGUAUGUUAAUGAUCCCAUUGCUCUGGUGAAUUACGUUGGGAAGGAAUUUGUGUGCACUGUUUUAGUGUCCAAUGUGGAACUCAAGAAGCCAGUCAAAGCCCAGGUUACAAUAAUAUUAGUAGGGGCAUCUAGGAAAACUGAAAAGUAUUGUUCUCGCACCUGCUCAGAAAGCAAGCAUCGAGAGCAAUGUGAAGUGUGUAGGGGACUGGGCUCCCUCACUGGACGGUGCCAAUGGAGACAGGGAUAUGGUGAAGGUAUCACCAAAAACUAUUCUACCUGCACCCCGAAUGUCAAUACAUGCCCAGAUGGCACCUGCGAUGCUGUGGAGAGCAAAGAUACAGCGAUCUGCCCCCAGGACUGCACAAAGCUGGAUAUCAUUGGUGGUCAUGAAAAAGGGAUACCUGCAGGAAUCAAGGCUGGUCAUGGCACAUGUUAUUGCUUCCUCCAUAGCAAGUGUUACUGCGAGAAGAAUAUUGUAGAUGAGUCGCUGUGUGAUGACAUGUGUAAAACAGUCAUAGCAUGUGGAGUCUUUCUGUCCUUCAUCAUCUCAGUGCUGCUCUCAUCAUAUUUCAUUCAUCGCUAUCAUAAGAACUCGCCCAAGCCACCAAUCGCUUCUGCUGAGAUGACUUUCCGCCGGACUGCCCAGUCGUACCCAAUAAGCUAUUCCUCUAACAAUGCUCGGCGCCCAUCUCUGGACUCUAUGGAGAACCAAGUCUCUGUGGAUACAUUUAAAAUACCUGAGGAUCCAAAGUGGGAAUUUCCUCGUAAAAACUUGGUCCUGGGUAAAACUCUUGGAGAAGGAGAAUUUGGCAAGGUGGUCAAAGCAACAGCAUUUAGAUUAAAAGGGAAAGCUGGUUACACUACGGUGGCUGUGAAAAUGCUAAAAGAAAGUGCCUCACAUAGCGAGCUGCGGGACCUUCUCUCUGAGUUCAAUCUCCUGAAGCAAGUCAAUCAUCCACAUGUCAUAAAGCUGUAUGGGGCCUGCACGCAAGAUGGUCCCCUGCACCUUAUAGUGGAGUAUGCCAAGUAUGGUUCUCUGCGAAGUUUCCUGAGGGAAAGCCGCAAAGUGGGGCCUAGUUCUGUGGGUGGUGACUCCAAUCGUAACUCCAGCUACUUGGAUAACCCAGACGAGAGAGCCCUGACAAUGGGAGACCUCAUCUCCUUCGCCUGGCAGAUAUCUAGGGGAAUGCAGUAUUUAGCAGAGAUGAAGCUUGUUCAUCGAGAUCUGGCAGCAAGAAAUGUAUUGGUGGCUGAAGGUCGUAAAAUGAAGAUAUCAGAUUUCGGUCUUUCCAGAGAUGUAUAUGAGGAAGACUCAUAUGUAAAAAGAAGCAAGGGAAGAAUACCGGUGAAGUGGAUGGCGAUAGAGUCCUUAUUUGAUCACAUUUAUACCACACAGAGUGAUGUGUGGUCUUUUGGUGUUCUUCUAUGGGAAAUUGUUACACUUGGUGGAAAUCCAUACCCUGGAAUUGCUCCAGAGAGGCUUUUCAACCUUCUAAAAACCGGUUACAGAAUGGAAAAGCCAGAAAAUUGCAGUGAUGAAAUGUACAAUCUUAUGCUGAAAUGCUGGAAACAGGAGCCAGACAAAAGAUCAACAUUUGGCGAGAUCAGUAAAGAGUUGGAAAAGAUGAUGGUAAAAAGUCGGGAUUACUUGGACCUCGCUGCGUCCACACCUGCAGACUCCAUACUGUACGAUGAUGGCCUUUCUGAAGAAGAGACGCCUCUGGUGGACUGUAAUAAUGCCCCACUCCCUCGAACUCUUCCCUCAACCUGGAUUGAAAACAAACUCUAUGGCAUGUCUUAUCCGAACUGGCCUGAAGAGAGCCCCGUUCCAAUCCCGAGAUUCGAUGCCAAUAAGUCUGUUUUUUCAAGAUAUGCCAAUGACUGUGUUUAUUCUAAUUGGAUGAUUCCACCCUCAACGGCAAAAUUUAUGGACAAGUUUGAUAGCUAAAUAUCAAUAUAUUUUCCCUAGAAGGUAACAAAAAUAUUGUUUACCGGGACACCAAAUAUGUUUUAAAAAGAAAAAUGCAACACAAAGAAUAAAUGGAAAGUCCGUCGCCUGGUUCUUUGUGCAGGUGCAAAAUGUGGUCAGACCAAUGUUGCUUUUGUGUGUCAGUUGCACCAAGUUCUUUUGGCUGGACCUACCUCUAAGGCUGCUGGAGAGGAUUGCACAAGUUGCUUAAUGAAUAUGUAGUAUGCUGUUCUCCCCCGCAGUAGCAGACGUGGGGCUGUGUGUUUUUUUUUUUAUUUCUUUCCCCUCCAAGACAUAUCAAACCAGAAAGACACACUCAGUAGAACCUUUUGUAUAUGCUAUUGCACAAAUUGUCUUAUCUACAGUAAACUCAUAUAUGUGUUGCUAUGAUAACAAACUCUCCUUUUUAGUUUUCCUUUGACCACAUUGCUCUUCAACUUAAACAUAUUUUUUUAGAUGUAUGUUUUAUUUUCAUUGGGGUUAUAGCCCUACCCUCGUUUACUGGUUGCAUAUAGAGAAAACGUAAAAGAGAUGUGUAUAUGUAUAUACAUGCUGCAUAUGUUGUAAAUGAAGAUAGAGAAUUAUGUUCAGACACAAUUACACAAACACUGGUUUGAUUUUAUUUUCAUUUAUAAAAACUGGAAACCUUUCAUCUCGAUGAAGAAAGUAUAUAUGAGAAAGUAAUUUUUAGUUAAUAUAUACUUUAUUAGAAAUAUAACAACAGAUCAUAAUGACAAAAUGUGAUCUUUUUCAAGAUCAGAUCACAUGGAAAGCAUAGAAGGACACAGACUCUGUAUAAAUGAUUGUGUUUUAUUCAUUCUCAUUCUCAAGAUUCCGAAUAUGUCAGUCUCUGCAGCAUACCUUGAUUACAAUAAAGCACAUAUAGCACAGAUGCAUGUACAAACCCACACAAACCAGUAGGGGCACUGCUGAGCAGGUGGUUGCUGGCCACGAAGCAACACAUUUGUUUCUGAGUAAGAAGGGGUCUUCAGGAGAGAUGUCAAAACAAAAAACAAUACAAAAAUAUAAAAAAUACACAUAAUUUAUACGGAAAAGCCAAAUAACAGUUUUUCUCAAAUAUUUCAUUUUCCAGUUUUGUAUUCCUUUUAUAUGUAUUUUUUUAAGUACAGAAAGUGUAUAUUUUGGAUAUUAUUUCAGUUUGUUGUUACAUGAAAUGUAUGAGGAUUGACUGCCUGUCAAGAUGGCCUGUUGAAAGAUGCCUUACGAAGUCCAUAGCGAUCGUUAUUUUAUAUAUAUUAACUCGUCAAAGCUUGAUUACGUUUGCUGAUGUUUAACAUGUUCUGCCAAACCUGAGCCUAUAGUAGUACUAGUUUUUCUUCUUAUAUGUGAGGGACCUUUAAAAUAGGUUCAGGUGUGUUUAGCUCCUCAUUGUCAUUAGACCGUUUUAUUGAAUUGUGAUCCACAGUGCUGCA